AUGCCCACCGAGCGCUCGCCUCUGCUUCCCCACAGCGCCAGCCACAGACCAGCGUCCUCCGCCUUCGGGGGCUUCUACAAAGCCUGGCACGAAGCCAAAGCCAUUAUGUCGAGCAAUCAUCUUCACUGGCUCCUCGCCAUCGUCCCUUUUGCCAUCACUGCGCCCAACCGCAGCUGGAGCCCGGUUAAAGUCUUCGCCACGAACUUCUUUGCCAUCAUGCCUCUGAGUGCCGUUUUGUCGCUUGCAAUCGAACGAAUCUCGAUGAACUUGGGCGCAGAACCAAAGGAGAUGCUGAGAGCCACUUCGGGCAAUGCUGUCGAGUUCGUUGUGGGCAUUCUCGCUCUGAAGCACGACCUUUUCACUUUGGCCCGGUCGAUAGUCCUCGGCUCUAUCCUGUUCAGCCUGCUUCCUAACAUGGGUUUAUGCUUCUUCUUGGGCGGCAUCGCCAAUAUGCGCGACAGAGUCACGGUUUUGGGCUCUGAACAGUGCUUCCCCCAAGGCACGGCGCAGACUAUAUGCACCGUGAUAGCUGUGCCGAUGACGUCGGUCGCCAUGUCUGCCAUUCUCUCUUCAGAGUUUGGCGAUGAGCACCCCGCAAAGAGGGACCAGAGCAUCCUCGCGUUUUCUCGAGGUGCCGCUAUUAUCUUCCUGCUUCUAUACGUCACGUAUCACUGGUUCAAGUCCCGCACACACUCCGAUCUUUUCUGCGACGAGACUCCGCCUGACGAGACCGAGGACUCCGUCAUCAGUAUCGUUGCCGCAACCGCCGUUCUCGCCAUCACGGUUGCCCUCGCGGUCGUCUGCGCCGAUAACCUGGUCGGAAGCAUCAACCCAUUCGCCGAGGUCACGCAUGUAGGGCCAGACUUUAUUGGUUUCUUUCUUGUUCCCAUUGCCAUUAAUGCGGCAAAAGCUUCGGCCGCGGUUGGAAAAGCUACGCGUAACAGGAUGGAUCUCGCGAUGGACAUCAUCCUCAACUCCAUCACGGAGACCGGGCUUCUCGUCGCCCCUUGCCUCGUCAUUCUUACAUGGGCUUUAUUCCACAAAUCCAUGACCCUGCAGUUUGAGCUCGUACCGACCGUCACCUACGUCUUCGCCACGUUAGCUGCAGCUGUUGUCGUCAGAGAUGGCCGGUCUAACUAUCUGGAAGGUGCUUUGCUGCUCGGGUUUUAUGUCAUCAUAGGCCUAGCUGUAUUCUUCGGUCCUGUAGAUGGCUGA